AUUUGUCAGUCAAGUUUUUUAGUAGUCAUUAUUUUUUAAAAAAAAUGACUUUUACAAAGCAGGUUAAAAACAAGGCGUAUUAUAAGCGAUAUCAAACAAAAUAUCGUAGACGGCGCGAAGGGAAGACAGAUUAUUAUGCACGUAAGAGGCUUGUUAUGCAGGCAAAAAACAAAUAUGAUACUCCUAAAUAUCGCCUUGUUGUACGAUUCACCAAUAAGGAUAUUAUGUGUCAAAUUGUUUAUGCUAAAGUUCAGGGAGAUUUUGUUUUUGCAGCAGCUUAUUCUCAUGAAUUGCCGAGAUACGGUAUUAAGCAUGGAUUAACAAAUUGGUCAGCUGCAUAUGCAACUGGAUUAUUAGUUGCUAGAAGAGCUUUGACUAAACUGGGUCUGGCAGAUAAAUAUGAAGGUGUAGUAGAACCUGAUGGAACAAUGUCAAUAACAGAACCUAUUGACGAUUGUCCUCGUCCUUUUAAAGUCUUUCUGGAUGUUGGUUUAAAGCGGACAUCAACAGGAAGUAGAGUUUUUGCAGCAUUAAAAGGUGCCAGUGAUGGAGGAAUUAAUAUCCCUCAUUCCCAGAAUCGUUUUCCUGGAUACGAUAUCGAAACUAAAGAAUUAGAUCCUGAAGUCCUUCGAAAAUACAUUUUUGGAGGCCAUGUUUCUGAAUAUAUGAGCAUGCUCAUGGAAGAUGAUGAGGAAAGAUAUAAAAAACAGUUUUCCGGUUUAAUUUCUGAUGGAAUUGACUGCGAUCAACUUGAAGAUAUGUACGCCGAAGCACAUCGCAGGAUUCGAGAAGACCCUACAUUUGUUCCUACAAAAAAGACAAGAGAUUAUAAGAAGGAGUUCUGUGUAUUUAAGAAACCGAAAAUUUCAAAUGAGGAAAAACGUCGAAAAAUUCAAGAAAAACUAGAAAAUCGAAGUUAA